AUGCUUAGCACUGACCAUGGAGGUGGAGAUUCCAUCGACAACUCGGAUCCUUUCGAUGCAGAGUCCAACGGUGCAGAGUCAGAGGACGACGAUUCUGAUGAAACCGACAAGGAGAGCCUCCCCGGCUUGGACCUCGAAACCCAUGCAUUCAAGAGGCAGCUUCAGAUGAUCGCAAGAGCUGAGGAAGCUGCACCACGUGUAUCUCUUCUCCGGGCUUCGGACAGGACUGCGGAACAACUCAAGGAGGAGCGCCGCGAGCGUCGCCGCCAGAAGAAGCGAGAGGAGAAGGAAAGGCUGGCUCAGCUGGAGCUGGAGGCUCUCCAGGAGGACAUGGAGGAAGCGGAGGGAGCUCGCCAAGACCCGAUGGAGCAGUCCGCUGCCCCUGGGGCCGGCGAGGCAGCACAGAUGCAGAUGGGCAAAGCGACAAUGGAGCAAAUGCCUGAGGCUGCAGCGGCUGCGCAGGGUGUGAAGGCCGGCGAGGCAGCACAGAUGCAGAUGGGCAAAGCGACGAUGGAGAAGAUGCCUGAGGUUGCGGCGGCUGCGCAGGGUGUGAAGGCCCGCGAGACAGCACAGAUGGGCCAAGCUCAGAGGGGCCAAGCUCAGAUGGGCCAAGCGACGACGGGGAAAAUGCCUGAGGCAGCUCCUAAGUCAGACGGCCCUGCAGCGCCAGGCUGGGUGAUGCCCGCCUGCGCCUGCUCGAUCAAAAUGGCCCGGGAUUGCACGGAGAAGCUCAAAGAGAUACCGUACUCAACCUAUUCUCUCUGCUGCUGCAGCGAAGGAGCGCGGAAAGUAGGCGGCCCGGUCGACGUGGGCGGUGUAGCUGCGGAGGAGCUGGAGAAGGGCCUCCUCGGACGCCUCUACAAGGUAAGCCGGAGACGCCGUGUACUUCCCUCCAAGCGAUCGCAGCGGGCAUCAUGA